AUUCAGGGCGCAGCUAACAAGAAUAUUUCACCAUGUAAGAGAAAUGCGAGUGAUGUAGAUCAAGUUCAAGUUUUCGCUGCGUUAUUAAAUCUCUUUGUUUUCAGCUUCUAUCCUCCUUUGCUGUGAGGUACGUGUUGUACGUCUCAGCAUUGCGAAAAAUCCCAGACGAUCGAAACGUUCAUCCCAUCAAUUGUGUUCAUUAAAUUUUUGACCUUCAUAAUUUUGGGUAAAGCUCUUGACAUUGUUUUCUAAUAGAUUAGAAAAAUUUAGAAAUCUAUUCUUUUUUGUUACAACAGAGGACGACUACUUUUAUCUAGAUCUAUUUGCAAAAAGGAAGGUCAAGGUCAUUGUUCGUUGUUUGGGAAUAAAUAGAUUUGGAUACAUCAAGAACUCAUCCGAACAUUUAUACCGCGAUGCGCGUGCUACUACAUGACGCAUCAGGGACGAGGACGAUCAGCGUCUUCUUCAUUCUUAUCAUAUUAAUGCAACAAAGGUUGCCCAAGGUGAAAAGAAGAUACUGCAUUGCGUCUUUCGAAGUAUAUCCACAGAAGCGCACCUUGUAUAUAAAAAUAACUCUAGUAGAAAAAAUAGAGCUUUAUAGUUCAAGGAUCCCUCCUAAUAUUCACAAAUCGACUCAAAGACGCAUCAUCCGAAGAGACGAAUGCUUUCCUUUAUUCUCGAUUACUUAGUUGUCCUUGACAUAGUUAGGUAGCACCUACGUAAACGUGGUUCUUCUUACCCAACAUGCAGCUGAAAACAAUCAGAAUACCUGUAAAAGUUGAGGUAAAGAUUACGAUUUCUAGUAUGAAGAGAACGCAUCACCAGACAAGAAUCGAAGUGCAGUACUAUGAGAGUUGUUCUGAUAUGACAACUACAUGAUUUCAGCUUUAUUCGAUUGAACUGACUAGUUUGAAUACAGCAACCAUUCUUAAUGUAUCGGUUGGGCAACAUCAUCAAAGAAAACUAUGGUCGUCAAAACCAGAAGAUAACGAUAUUCAUAUAAUUCACUAGUAGUGUUUCUUCAGCCUCUAAAAAUGAUGUUUCAUGUUUGCAUAACUAAUUACGAUAAUCUGAGGUACUUCUGGUGCGUAAAAGAGGCGUUUUUCGAACCACACAUAACAACAGGAUCGAGUUCAUAAGCAACAACUGCAUUGAGGGGACAGCGAUGCGAAAUGACCUUCACAACUACAUGCGAAGAAAACGAGCGCAAUGCAGUUUACGCACGGUCAAUCCACCUGCUCGUUAAUAAGAAUGGAACGAGGUGGAGUCGUUUUAUCUACAUCAACGCCUGCGGUUGCUACGUCUGCGGUUGCGAUUGUCCCGUCGUGAAAACGAUCUAUCUUCUGGUUGUAAAUGCUGCCACGCUGUACUAGCAACUAUACGUAUGGGAGAAAUGAAUAUUCCACGGAGUUGUAGUUUGACAAGAUUUUAUUGGCGUUUACGCCAAUACAUAAAGCAAAAAGUUGCCUAGAAAAGAUUCUCCACACGGCGACUGCUAGUUUUUAUGCGACUUUAUCUUGUUCAAAAUCCGGAAAUACACUUUAUUCAUCUAGUUCAUAUGUAUCACAGCAUAAGUACUAUUGUGUAAUGAGGAUAUUCCUAGAAGUAGAGGUUGUAGCCUUGGUUGUUCAUUCUUGUUCUUGUUAUUUGAAAGCUAGGUCAGUGACGAAUCGACGAGGAGCAUCAUGUGAGUUUUUCACGUCGCUUACCACAUUGAUUUGUUAGUUGUUAGCCAAACUUGCUUACAUAUUUUUUUUCUUCCUGGCGAUAGCGCUAGCGGUUAAGUUGUACUACUAGCCACAAAAGAAGUAGUAGUCUUUCUCUUUUAGUCUUGAGAUCUCUACUAGACAGCUUUUUUCGUCUAUAAUUAGAAGUAACCAUCUGUAUUAUAGAAAGCCUACUACGUCGACGAAAUUAAUGUCGAUCCCCAAAUUAUGAAUCAUCUCAAGCAUGAGCAUGAAGAUCAUCCUACCAGUACGGAAAUCAACAACUUAAAGAUUUACGAGCAUCAUGAUCAAGGAAACAACAGGAACAAGAAAAUCAUAACGACAGCAACACGAAGAUCAACACCAUCAAGAUCAACAACAUCAUCAACAUCAGCAACAAGAUCAAAGUCCUAAGGUCUUAAGCGUGUGCAGCAAGUAGCAAGUUGAUGAGUUAAAUAGUUGGCCCGGAUCUAGUUAGCUUAGGCAGAUGAAAGGCACUAAGCCCCAGGGAUCUUCGUACUUAACAACAACAACAAAAACCAAAUAUUUUGUCUUCUCAAAUUUAUCCUGUGCUUGUGCAGAUUAGCACUAGUUCACAGGACAGGGGCGACAUCGCUGAGGAUGAUGAAGAGCAUCAUCCAAACCGUAGCCAUUGGGCUACCUUAUGAAUUAUCUAAUUUCGAUGCUCUCCUGGCCGCAACAUUCUAGUGCUAAUCUUGGGCUUUUCUAGUUGUUUCCUCAUACUGAAAACAUUGGAAUUUUUUUGGUUAUAGAUAAUUGAACUUUACACGAAACAGAAUUUUUAAAUCUGUUACGUGUAAGAAUUUCGCUCUUCUUCUUCGUCGUGUUGUAGUGCUGAUUAGCUAAAAAUUUGAAUGAGAAAAUAAAAAUGACCGACCACGAACCACGAGCAGCAUACAGCUCGAAAAGUUUUCUGUUGAGAGCUAGCCAAUCUGUUGCACGACGAGAAACCUACGAGGAUACCAAGCAUCACGAGAAAAAUACGAUGCGGCUACUCUGUUCGAGUCUUCUGGUGAGAUCUGAAAGCACGACGAGGAGCACGAAGGCGAGCACGGUAGUAAAAUUUUGAUUGAUUUAACUGGUACAAAUUGACCAACGAACUCCCAGCCUUAUGCUACUACAAAAACCCCACAGGGAAAGUUUUAAGGUGGCCCAUUUUCCCAAUUUUCUAGUGGCAUAGAGUUCCAAGAAAUAAAUAAGUCAAUCAAUCAACAAGUCACUCAAUCACGCAGUUACUCAGUAAAUAAAUCAAGAAGUCACGAACUAACUAACACAGUCAGCCAAUCAAUAAAUAAGUCAAUCAGUCAGUUAAUCAAGUAAGGAAGUCAAAAAAAAAAAUUCCUCGUGGGUCAAACAGUCACAACCUUCACAAAAGUAGUCUCAUCCUUACACGAGCACACCGACGAAAUUCGGCGGACCUUUCUGGUUGACGCGAUAGGGAUACGGUUGCGCAAGCUGUUGGAAGUUACUCCCUUGACGGGUUUCAAAGUGGCCAAGGGAGCAAAACAAGAAAAUUCUGAACGGCAAGAGUCUAGUGGUGUAAGAGAAAAUUUCUAGUGGGUAUCUAGUGGCAUUACCAAGCUGAAAGUUUAAAAAUUCCUGGUGACGUUAAAGCAAAGGAUCCAGCUGUUUGGCAGUUUACCUGGCUGUUGUACAGGAGCCAGAGCAAAAAGCGAAAAUGCCGCCGCUGGUAGUGCAAUGCCAAGACCUCCUCGAUCGUGGGGUAGCAGCCAUCCUCCUGGUGCGAGGAGUACCUCCGGGGAGCCUAUACGACGGGGGAGGAAAUACCAAGUCGCGCCCCGAAAUGUAUCAAGCCGCAAUCCAGAACAACUACCAUUGUACUCCGCUGACAGCGGUGACGUCUACGCUAACUGUGCCGGAGGUCAGUCAGUUGCUCAAUACGUAUUUCCUGGAUACCACUGGCACGAAAGCAGAAAAGAUCCUACGCUUCAAGGAUUUCGCCAAUGGUCAUCAGUUUGCACCACAACAGCAGCCUCCAGCAGCAGGAGGAGGAGCAGCGCAAAGCAGUGCUCCACAACCGCAAAAGCCUGUCAAGUUUACGUGUGAACUAAAAACGUAUACGGACCGGAGACAGUUUGAAAUUUUCAUCGAUGAGAUUUUCGACACUUGUAAGCUACUACGCAUUCGCGACCAGUUUCAAGCCCGCUACAUACCUCAAGGAGGACUAGUUUUGCCAGGGUUAUCGGAACAGGAAGAAGCAUCGUUUGCGGUUUUGACCAAGGCGAUCAAGGACGCUCUAUCCAUCGGCAUUCGCGUCGCGGUACUCGAAGAGAUUCGUCAACAGCGCAUGACUGACACGGCCUGGGAUAUCGUGAAAUAUAUCCAGAAGCAAGUGAACAGUUUGGGCGCAGCGCAAGAAGAUGUGGAGUUUGAAGAGUAUAACCGAUCUAACUGGAAGCAGUACGGUGGUCCGCUACGUGAUUACGCAGCAGAACUGAGACGCAUGCUAGGUCAGUUGUCUACUCGGUUUCCCGCGGGGCCGCCGUUCGAAAUGGAGCUUCGGCGCAAGAUCAUCAAGCAGAUUGAUACUUCGCAAACCGAGAUCAGGAUGGUUGUAGAUCAAGUUCAAAGUCGUGCAGUCACGCAUGCUGAAGGUUCCGUCGGGUUCCUCAUCACUGAGCUUACCCGCCGUAUGGUGCGCACUGCUGGCGAUUCGGAAAAACAGUGCGAAACUUACGCUGCUUUGGACGAUGAGCAGAAGCAGCAGCAAGCUGUCCAGCAGGCUUUUGUCACUGGCAAAUCGUUCGGAAAAGGAAAGAGCACGUGGCAAGGCGGUAAGUCCAGUUCCAACGGGGGCAAAGGUGGUUACAAGCAGCAGCAAGAGGAAAAGUUUUGCAAGAAUUGUUUUGAUCACUACAAGUCAAUCGGCAAACAGCACGAGAAAGCUGCAGCUAUCCGCUCGCACAAUGUGAAAGAUUGCAAUCAACCUUGGAAGACGCCGAUGAAGGUCGCCAACCACAAGGGAAGGAACAAGCUCAACAAGAAAGGCAGAAAGCACGACAAAGGAAAAGGCGCGAAGAAGUCUGAUCCUAAGUACAAGCAGAAUCAGCGACUAACUUCUUCUAAUGGUAGUAAGUCUAGUAGUGAAAAAGAAGGGGCGAAGAUGGAUGUAGCGAAGAAAGUAAGUUGGUGGUCGAACUACAUUCCAUCUUGGGUGAGUGACAGCACCCGAGGAGUUAUAAAAGCUGUUAUCAAACGGGAGCAACAGUGCAAGCAAAGGAUGAAGAAGAUGAAGAUGAAAACGAAGUCGAAGAUGGAUUUGGAGCCAGCAUUUGAAGAAGUUGAAGAUGGUUUUGAAGUGUUUUUACAAGGUCAGUUUUCCAAUGGAGCGAUCAUCGGCUCCGGGUCAAAGUUUCACAUCUCUCGAAUCGAGUCGGACUUCGACACACUCGAGGAAGAAUCCAGAGCCAAGAUUCAAGGCGUUGGCGGUAUUGUUCCAGGUCGAUUCGGCACCCUCAAGCCGAACGUACUCGGAAGUCACUUAAAAGCGAUUUUUGCCAAGGAUUUACCUGUAGACCGACUGAUAAGCGUCGGCGGUCUGAACUCAGCCGGAUGGAGAGUAGUAUUCGGAGCGGUUCCGGAAGGUUCUCACUUAGAGCACAAGUGUCUUCGUGUGCCCCGGGUGAAUUUGCAGAAAUCCGCAGGAGGUUUGCCAUAUUUGCAAGAUUUGCGCUUCGAAGAAAAUAGUGCAAGUAGCUCGCUUGUAAUCGACGAGUGCUAUUCUGAGGAUGAGCUUUUCUGUCCAGAAGUAGAGACUACAGAUUGCGCCAUCAAUCAGCCUCCCAUCGGAGCACUCUUAACGCGUAAACUGUCUGAGCGAGAACGGUAUCUCGAGCACCUUCGCAAUUGCCAUCUGUAUGACGAGAGGCUCGGCAAAGUCGAUUGCCCGCACUGCUCGAUGCAAAAAGCGAAAGCCGUGAGUCACAAGAAGGAACGACCUGAAGAAUUCCAUAAUCCGCCAUUUUUGGUAACAGCGUGCGACUUCUUCGGUCCAGUAGAGCCAACUUCCAUCAGAGGAGCGCGAUUAGCUUUGAUAUUUGUUGACGACGCAUCCAAGUACGCAGUUGGUCGAGGAAUUUCUUCGAAAGAUUUGGCUCCGAAAGUUCUGAAGGAGAUCAUUGAGGACCUUCGAACGAAGUUGGGCGCGAAAGGCACGAACAUGACUCCAAGUGGGAAGAUCAUCGCUGCAGGUAUCAGGUCGGAUAGCGAAAGCGUACUCCGUUCCACCGAGUGGCGAUCGACAGCAAGCAGACUACAACUGAACGAGCUUCACAGUAUUCCUUAUAAGCCACAAGGCAACUCCGUCGCAGAGCGGUUAGUGGGGACACUAAAGUCGAACUUGCGAGCCAGCAUGGCCGGCGUCGACUUACGAUUGUGGUGCUGGUGCCUUGAGUACCUAAUUAUAAUUUACAACAUGAUCCCCAGGGACAUGAAGCGAAUUCCACAGAAAAUUAUCAGUGAUGGAAGAAAGAAACGCUUGGCGCUUACUGGGGGCAACUCGAAGUCCAACGAGCAAAGCAACUCAGGGCGUCGGCGCGCGGUAAAAGCUAGUCCUCUGGAGAUCCUCUUGAAUUUUUCAGAGGACCCAAUCACGAUGAUGAGACCUGCAGAAGGAAAACUUAAACACAGGCGCCGCCUCAGUUGUCUAGUGUUCUUCAAGGUCCACCCUACUCCUACGAAAGUCUUUGCAGACCGGCGCAAGCCAGGGGCGUUUUUGGGUUUCAGUUCGGUCAACUCCGCUUGGAUAGUAGGAGGGAUUGUCUCUGAUGGCAGGACCAAGACGGGUUUUAAGUUCAACGUCUACGAGACGAUCGAUGUACAAUUCCACGAGAGUAUAUUGGUCGCUAAGAUCGAGGACUUGCUCCAGGUUCCGGAGAUUACUAAGUUGGAAGAUGAUUCGUCCGCUCGCAUGCCGGAAUAUGAUCCUUCUCGACCCUUGUCGCAGACGGGCGUGCUUGGAGAAAAGUAUGGCAGCUUGAAGGGUUCUAAGUACGAGUUAGUCAUCUGGGAGCCUGAAACUAAAGGCAAGGAGCCUGCUACCGCGGGACAGAUCGAGGCAUGGGAUCCACUCCAGUUAAAAAGGAACCGGCCCGAUUUAAAAGAAGUAAGUCAACCACGACCGAGGAAAAAGCUCAACAUAAGGUCAGAAAAGUAG